AUGUCAUCCAAGACCACAGGCGGAAAGGGCGGCAAGGCCAAGACAUCCUCCGAGGCAAAAGUGCUCACUACUCGCUCUUCUAAGGCCGGCCUCCAGUUCCCUGUCGGCCGUAUCCACAGGUUCCUCCGCAACAAGAACGCCAACAAUGUGCGCGUCGGCGCGAAAGCUGCAGUCUAUGUUGCCGCUAUCAUGGAGUACCUCACCGCCGAAGUACUAGAGCUUGCUGGCAAUGCGGCCAAGGAUCUGCGCGUAAAGCGUAUCACUCCGCGUCACCUGCAGCUCGCAAUCCGCGGCGACGAGGAGCUCGACCUUCUCAUUCGCGCUACCAUCGCCGGUGGCGGAGUACUCCCGCACAUUCACAAGACACUUGUCACCAAGCCGUCGGGUCUCAAGCCGAAAAAGGUUGGAGCUUAG